AUGAGUUUUAAGAUCGACGACGUAUCCAUCAGCCUGACGUCGAUUUUUAUGAAACUCGUCGGAUUAUGGAUGGCGACCAACCGGUCUGAGCAACGUCUCAGGCACAUCAUGCUGAUUUACACGUUUGCCGCGAUCCUCUUCUGUAUCUGGGUAGAGAUCAUGGAAUUGUACCACUCGUGGGGUGAUUUUGGUGCCUGUCUUUAUAUAGCAUGCAAUGUAUUGUCGAUAGCAAUAUCUUUCUUCAAGGUACUCAUUUUAUUUGUACAUAAGGAGGAUUUAUUUUGCUCAAUCUUGUACUUAAAACGAAAAUUUUUGCACGCUGACUACGACGACUAUGAAAAAGAUAUCGUUAUGGGCUGCAAACAGAAAUGUACCUUCUUUAUUUGUAUCUUUACACUUUCCUGUCAGGCAACUAUCAUUUAUAACUACGCUUUUAUUUCAGCAAAUAUUGGAAAAAACGAAUCAGACAGGAUACUUCCAUUCAACAUGUGGGUUAACUUACCAUUAAGCAUGACGCCAUAUUAUGAAAUAUCAUUUGUUAUACAGGUUUUAGCCUUGUAUCAUCUUGGAAUAUGUUAUUUCUGCUUCGACAAUACCCUUUGUAUAAUAAAUCUACACGUCGCUGGACAAUUUCGGGUAUUGCAAUACAGAAUGGCCAACACGACGGACUUAAAGAAUAAAGAGAAACGGGAGAAAAAUGACAUACAAAUUGUAAAUUCAUCGUUCACGUGCUUCGUGAACGAAUGUUACGCUACUUUUAAGAAGCAUAUUCGACAGCAUCAAAUGCUUAUAGCUUAUUGCGCAAAGCUCGAUGAGGUGUUCAAUUUGGUCAUUCUGCAGCAGGUGUUAAUGUUCAGUUUGUUAAUUUGUCUGGACGGAUACCAAAUACUAGUGGCAGGUGCACCUACUAGAACUCGUUUCAUCUUCAGUUUCCGCAUAUUAAUGUGCUUAUGCCAGUUACUGAUGUUUACCUACAGCUGCGACUGCAUCCUAUAUGAAAGUACGAGCAUAGCCACUGCAGCGUACAGAGGACUUUGGUCAUUAUUGCCAAUGACCACGAGCGGAAGAAUGAUGCGAAAGGACUUGACACUUGUUAUUAUGAGAUCCGGUGUGCCCUGUUGCUUAACUGGAAAAGGGUUCUUUACUAUAUCUCUAAAAACAUAUACCAAUGUUUUAAGCACAGCGACGUCGUAUUUUACACUGUUAAGGCAGUAUACAGUCGAGGCUAUUCCCUAA